AUGGCGCCGGGAACGCCCACGCUGAAACGACAGAGCACGACGGAAUUCUUAGGAUCGUUAUUACGCGGGAACUCGCUCGAGGCGUUGGGUGAGGCGGAGGAGGACGUGGACGACGGGCGCGUCGGCGCGCUCACGCGCGCGGCGACGGUGAAAUCGAGCGGCGACGAGAGCGAGCCCGGAUCGCCGUUCAGUGACGUUCGGAUCGGAAGUAGACGGCGAGAGAGGUUUGGAUCUUCCCUUGGGUCGGAUCGCAUGCCCCCGGAUCCGUUCCCGUUGAGCGAGGUCACGACGUUCGCGAGAGGGGAUAGCGCGAGCGGGUUGGCGAGCUUUCUCGGCGCGAGCGAACCGACGGCGACGCGGAAGAGCGCGAGACACGCGGGGGGCGGUAGUGGGGCGAAAAAGGCAAACGUGGAGACGAUGACGACGGUGCGGAGUGAGAAGGCGAGCUCGUCGAAGCGCGUCGUGCACGCGGAGAAGCCGAACGCGGCGGGAUUCAAGGCGGCUUCGUUCGGGCGCGUCAACGCGCAGCACGGGGCGGGCGACGCGGGCGACCAUCACGGGUGGUCGUACAUCCCCAAGCGCGCCGAUCGUCGGCGCGCGAUCGCACGAUUCACCACGGCGAUCAUUCGCGCCGCCGGACAGCAGAGUUUCAUCUCACGCGAGGGCGUUGGGUAUCGAAAGGCUUUUGAUAGAUUUUUGCUCGAGACGUACGGGGAGACGUUCGCCGAGGGCGGAUACUGGUACAAGAACGCGGAAAUCGAGCCAUUUUUCCGCGUCAUCCUCUACGUUGCCACCGAGGGGAAGAUAAAUCUAGCGAAUGAUGACGUGAAGUAUCUAUUCACGAAGAAGGAGGAGAGACAGGCUGCGGAAUGGGUCCUGGACGAGGACGUCUUGGCUAAGCUCGGUCUCACGGCGCGUGACGUCGCUUCGGUGUACGAGGGGAAACCGCGAAAAUCACAAGCGGGUUUCGUUCGAGGGACCCCGCUCAAGGUACCUCCGAUGACGUCCAUGCCCGAACAGCCCGCGCCCUUCUUAGAGGGAAUCGUUCGGGCGAAGAUGCGUACAACGAGCGCCACGGUUGAAGGCUCCAUGGCGCCUCCGCCGCCUCGCCCGAGGACGCCCGUGGCGCUCCUCGUUCCGGGAAGCAAUCUGUCCUCACCGAGCGCGGUGCCGCUGGACAUCCAGCGCCUGUUCGAUACCAUCCCCAAGCCCAACUUCCAAGGCGUGAAUGCGACGAAAUCGAGACAAAUGUCUCGACAAUACUCGAGCGACCUCGCUCGACUCGUGAGCGAGUUCAACGCCAACCCGUCCUCGGGCGACGAGUUCGUCAUGCAGUAUCUCGCUCGAAGCGCGAGCGAACUCGACGCCAUCGUCGCCAUGCAGCAGAAUGAGGCCGCAGCGAAGGAUAAUAAACGCGCGACCGAAGACGCGGAUCAAGCCCGAUCGACCAGAGCAUCGAAACGGAGACGUUAG